UAGUAAUCUGUCAUUUCUUCACAAAAAAAAUGUGUGCGCCUAAUGUAGCAGCUCAGUGCACGUUGACGAUCGUAAUCAGGCUUAUACCCGCAUGGUGGCGCUGUUCCGAUUGGAUUUGCUUCCAAGCGGCCAAGAAGAAGUAGCUGCGCCACACUUGUUUGUCCCUGGCGUUUGUCUUUUCGGCCCAGCUUUGUGCAUCCAUCGCAGCAUUGCGAUAUCAAGACCGUUUUGCCGUAGAUGUUUUUUACAGGUUCUUUAUACAAAGUUGACGACUCAAGUAACCAGUAACCCACUUAAAUGCGAGGGGAGCUUUUUGUACUACCUCUCAAUCAAAGCGCGGGGCAACACGAGUUAGGUAAAUAAGUGUUGUCAAGGAGACGUGAGUCUGCGACGCUAGCAGCGACAUAGCUCGCGUGCGGAAAGGAUUAAAAAGACUUGUUUUGCCACGCCUGGGUGGAUUUCUUUUCGUGGCAUGGCCGAGCUGCACAUCAUAGGCCAGCUGGUUGGUGCCACGGGAUUCCCUCAUAACCGUCUCUUUUGCAAAUGGGGGGUUCAUACGGGCGGAGCGUGGCGUCUUCUCUCCGGCUUGAAGCAGGGUCAAACUCAAGUGGACAGCCCUCAGACUGGAGACAUGGCGUACUGGUGCCACCCUAUUGACCUGCAUUACACUACCAAGGGACUCCAAGGUUGGCCCAAGAUCCACCUCCAGGUGUGGCACCAGGACUCUUUCGGUCGGUGCGAGUUGUUCGGAUACGGCUACUGCCACGUCCCCUCCAGCCCGGGACACCAUCGAGUCAGCUGUUGCACGUGGAGGCCCCUCGGCUCCUGGCAGGAGGAGCUAUCGCGAACGUUUGUUGGCGGUGGACCGCAGCUCAAGAGCCCGGAUCUCAUCUACAGCGGGGCGGACAGAUACAGGCUGCACACCGCGGCCAUGGGCACCGUAGAGCUGGAGCUCGGCAUCAUCAUGAGACACUUUGACAAAUAUGGCGUCGAGAAUUGACACCAAAAUGACCCGCAUGCUUUUUUUUUUUUU